CUCUCUCUCGGUCGGUUUUCCUGCCGGGCUGCUGCUGCUUUGCGCGCUGCGGGGCCACACUGCGACCGCACCGAGGAGGAAGAGGAGAAAGCCGUGGACCGAAAGGGGGCCAGCCUGAGCCAGAGCGGCGGAGAGGCACGAUUUAAAAAAAGAAGACAAAGCAGAGGAGGAGGGUUUCAACGCGCCGUCACCGCACGGAUAAAAAAUACCUCAGAAGAAGAAGCAGCAGAAGGCGGAGACGCGUCACACCGCGCUGUUCCUCCCUCCAUCUCUCUGUCUCCGCUUUUUAGGGGAACUGAAGAAGAGGUGAAAGACGAAGAGGAGGACAAAUAGGAAAAAAAAAUCUUAUUGGGGAUUCUCGGAGCGCAAAACGACGAACGACGCGGUGCUGGAAGCCUCCCCCCCUCCCCUCCCGGACCAGGGCCGAUUCUCCGCUUUCUAGCAGCCAGCUCGGCGCGGCGACACCAUGAAGGACCGUACGGCGGAACUGCGAAGUGCUAAGGACAGUGACGACGAUGAGGAGGUGGUGCAGGUCGACAGGGACCACUUCAUGGACGAGUUCUUUGAGCAGGUUGAAGAGAUCAGAGGCUGUAUAGAAAAGCUGUCGGAGGACGUGGAGCAGGUCAAGAAGCAGCACAGCGCCAUCUUGGCCGCACCCAAUCCUGACGAAAAGACCAAGCAGGAGUUGGAGGACCUCACAGCUGACAUCAAGAAGACAGCCAAUAAAGUUCGCUCAAAGUUAAAAGCAAUCGAGCAAAGUAUCGAGCAGGAGGAGGGUCUCAACAGAUCAUCAGCGGACCUCAGGAUCCGUAAAACACAGCACUCGACGCUGUCACGUAAGUUUGUGGAGGUGAUGACUGAGUACAACACCACGCAGUCCAAGUACCGCGACCGCUGCAAGGACCGCAUCCAGAGACAGCUGGAGAUCACUGGCAGAACCACCACCAACGAGGAACUCGAGGACAUGCUGGAGAGUGGCAAGCUGGCCAUCUUCACCGAUGAUAUCAAAAUGGACUCUCAGAUGACCAAGCAGGCUCUGAACGAGAUCGAGACCCGACACACCGAGAUCAUCAAGCUUGAAAACAGCAUCCGCGAGCUGCACGACAUGUUCGUCGACAUGGCCAUGCUGGUGGAAAGCCAGGGAGAGAUGAUUGACAGAAUUGAGUACAAUGUGGAACACUCCGUCGACUACGUGGAGCGAGCCGUAUCCGACACCAAGAAGGCCGUCAAAUACCAGAGCCAGGCCCGCAAGAAGAAAAUCAUGAUCAUCAUCUGCUGCGUCAUCCUGGGCGUGGUCUUGGCGUCAACCAUCGGCGGCACGCUGGGCUUCUGAGACACUCCGCCGCCUGCCGCUGUGACGACCGACACCGACCGACAGUCUGACCGCCAGCAGAGACGAGAAACACCACUGACAACUACAACACAAAAACUUGAAACACAAAUGCAAGACAGAUAACCAAUCAGCUAGGAAGAGAUAACAAUCCAAUCCCAGAUAAGAGGAAACGCCGCAGGGUUGGGUGGGGUUCAAAAAACAAAGACAAAAAAAAAGAACAAGCGCCAUCACAUAAUAGCUGACUUAAACACAUAACUUAUACAAAAAGAGGGUACAAACUUACUAUUUAUUACAGAUGUACAUGUAAAUGUAUUGAACAUAUGAAGCACCACGUGGGUUAGCUACCUGUAAAAAACUAUGACCUAUAAUAUGACAUUUACUUGUUUGUUUGUUUGCCUUUUUUCUUCUUUUUUAAAAGUUUCUUUCGUUUUUCGAGUCUCCGGACAGUGAUGGUGACUGCUGGGUGGGAGUCCUGCAGGACCAGCCUUCAUUUGGUUCUUGAACUUAGUUCCUCGUUGAGGAUCUGGAGCCUGUUUUACAACAGCACUGAACAUGUUCUCCAUAAACAUGCUCAACGUUCCACACGAAAAUCUUUUCAGCUCCCUCGCUUCAUUCUGGAGCUCUAACCGCUGUCCUGCAGAACAAACACCCUUCUGGCUUUGGUAGAACCAACUUUGUCCCCGUGUUUCUGGAAGGGAGGGACCGACCUGGCUGUUGGCUCAUCCCCCUUCUUCACCUCAGUCGGCCGAUAAAAUUAGUUUUGAUUGGCAAAGCGCAUCCUGCCACACGCCAUUUAAAACACCACAAGGAAAGAGCGGGACGCGCGGCCCACUGAAUGGUUUCUGACAGCCAUCCUGUUGGUGGGGAAACCACUGAGGGGGUGUCGCUGCAGCGUGGCAGGUUUCCAUGACAAUAACCUCCCCUUCUUGUCACACAUAUCCAACCAAAGAGCAGGGGGAGGGAGGGCCAGACGUGACGUUUGACUGACAGGUGAACGGUGGGACGGGGGGAUAGGAGGAGGGUUUAAAGGAGGGUGGCAGGAGACGGACAGUCAAUCUAUGCAGUUUAGGUCAGAGGAAGUGGACUCAUCCCGCCUCCUGCACCCGAGAUAGCCAACGAGGAAUGGGGGUUCACAUCAGCACACCAAAAAGCUCAUCGCUGUGGAAAUAUUGUCAGUCGAGGUCAGAUUUCACUUCAAGCUGUCACAGCUGUUCUUCCGGAAGAUUCUAAAAAAUGAAGAGAACACAUUUAAAAGUAAAGAAGAAGAAUAACCUACCACAAACAAGCUAGUCAGCAAAUGAGACGGACAGAAAAUGUAGAAAAACGUGGCGAUGCUGGCGAGCCCUGCUUACCUGAGUGUCGUGGUGAUAUCGUUGCUUUUUUGUUGAUCGAUGGGGAACGUCUGUUGCUUCGUUGUUCCGUGGUGCUGCUGUUUUAGUGCGUGCGUGGCGUGUCCCGUGACGUUUCGGCCUCACAUCGUUUAGCGGUUACUCUUUGGUCUGUAUGAUUUGAUGCACUUGCGGUUCCUCCCUGCAUCCCUUCAUCUCCUGCCUGAGUGUGUGUGUUUGGGGAUUGUCAUAUUUAAUUCACACCGUUUCAGUACCUGAGCUGCAAAGGUACUGCUGAACAGUAGAGACUUUCACCUAUUGGCUGGCUUUCGUCAUGUGACACACACAUACAUUCACAGCACAGCACAUGCAUGAACGCCUCAGGUGCGUUUAAUGUUUCACACUGAAAUUCCCCCUUCACAUACACACUUUUAACUUUCCUGUUGCUAGUGUUAGACUGAGCUGCUUAGCAUGCUUUAGCUUCAGUUACUUGUGUUGCAUGUAGAUUGUGUAGAAGCUGCUUGUUGGAGAUUCAUCACAAGUUUUCUGUUUUUCUGCAGUUAAAGACACUUUCGGUGUGUCCGGUCCAGUGUUGAGAAAAGACUGAAACUGAAGAAAUAAGAUGGGAAGUGUGAAAGCACAAAGUUCGCUUGCCAGACUUUUCCAGAAGGUCUCACGGUCUUCAUCAGCGGGCGGACAUUAAUCUGCCGCUGAUGUUUGAAAGUUUUAGUCUAGUUUGACAAACUAGUUUCUUUUUAUCAAGUAAA